AUGGAGACAACUCGGAAGGACAGACCAUCAUCGUCCAAGACGCCCAAGAAGGACCACCUCAAGAAUCCCUCUCAUCCGUACACCUUUGAACACCUUCACAACGCGUACAUCACCUCUCUGUCACACGGCAGCAAUAUGCCCCUCCCGUCCAAGAAGAGAAAGUCCGCAAUCAACGACGACAGUGACGUGGAUGUAUCCACCACCAAACGUGGGAAAGGUGCAUCGGGAAGUGCUUUCGUACCGUCCUCAAAACCGCAGGUGGACUCGGAUGGGAAUUCAUACUGGGAAAUCUCAAAGGCGAGGCGCGUGACCCUGUCCGAGUUCAAGGGCAAGAAAUUGGUCAACAUCAGAGAGUAUUAUGAGAAGGACAAGGAAUGGCUGCCAGGAAAGAAGGGCAUCUCAAUGAGCAUUGAGCAAUAUUCAGCCUUCGUCCAGAUUAUGCCUCAAAUCGAAAACGUACUCAAGUCACAAGGCGAAAAGGUGCCUCGGCCAAAUUACGACGGAAGUGCCCCUACUGCGGACGAUGGAAGCAAACCAGAAGACGCGGAGGAAGAUGAAGAGAUGGACAGGAAGCCUAAUAUCGAAGCUACUAGUGACGAAGACGAGUGA